CAUCAUUCGAACAGGAACCUUCCUUGCCCAGCAAAGAAGCCAGACUGUCCUCUUCGCCAACGCAGCCAACCAGCUGUUCGCUCGAGUCGUCAGUGCUGGCCGAGCCAACUUGACAGACUCGUCACGCGCAAUGCAACUCCCUUGACGCUUUUGUUCCCUGACAUACAAGUAUUGAGGAAUUGGGAAGGCGCCUCGAUACGGUCAAUACAAUAAUACUGCUCUGCACAUCACACCCGACCGCCCUCUUGUCAGCCGUUAUUCAGCCUGGCAGGAGAAGAAACCACCGGUCCAUUUGCAGAAAGCACUAAUAAGUCCUCCUACGUCGUGCGAGUCCCGAGAUGUCUGAAAUGCACUCCUGGGCCAGCGCAGCGUCACCAAGCAUCAAGUUCGAGGGAUCGCCCGCCGAAUCUAUUCUCUCGACCCCCGACGAGAUGUAUCCCUCCCUGUUCGGCACUAGCCCUGCGCCGACGACUACCGUUAACCCGGUCGACAUGAGGUCAUCCCAGCCGGCACCUCAACUCCCAAAGCCCGACCUCACAUUACUCGCCGGCCUGACGGCGUUAACACAUACCACCUUGGCCGCGCCUCCGGCCCCGACAACCGUCACCCCGGAGCCGGAGAAGAAGCCGGUCAAGAAGAGGAAGUCGUGGGGUCAAGUCCUUCCCGAGCCCAAGACAAACCUGCCUCCAAGGAAACGCGCGAAGACCGAGGACGAGAAGGAACAGCGGCGAGUCGAGCGUGUCCUCCGAAACCGCCGCGCUGCCCAGUCGUCGCGCGAGCGUAAGCGCCUGGAGGUUGAGGGUCUGGAGAGGAGGAACAAGGAGCUCGAGGCGGCGCUCCUGCAAGCACAGCAAAUCAACCUGACCCUCCUUGAGGAACUCCAGAGGAUGCGGGGUGGCAGCGGUGCCAGGACCUCGCCGGCCUUCGAGGCCCUCCGCCCAACCCCCGUCACCUUCUCGCAGCAAUUGUUCGGCUCCCAGGGCGAUCACAAUCCUGCCAUGGGUAGCACCAGCACGCUGCAGCAGAUCUUGCAAUCCAUCCCAUCAGCCACGAACAAAACGGUGGACCCAUCGUCGCUGUCGCCCGCCCUUCCACCCAUCCCGGAGGCGGCGGAAGAGGAGAACAAGCAGCCGGCGGCGCCCGCCGCUCCUGUUGCGGAUGCCCCCACCACGGCCCAGGCCAGUACUUCCCCCGACGCGACACAACAUCCUGCAGAGAUGUUGUGCCCGGACCUGCAGUGUCGGUCGGCGGAAGCACCAGCCUCGCCGUGGCAGCGGGCGUCCCAGCAACAGCUACACCCAGCACAGACGCUGCUCCUCCAGCUCCAGUUCCUGCUGGCUUCGACCUCGGCGAUGGUUUCAAUAUGCCAGAGGCCCUUGACGCAGAUCGCUAUCUCCUUGAAAGCGGACUUCUCUCUUCCCCCAACUCAAGCGAUUCUGAAUACGAUCAUCUGGCUGGUGACGACACCUCGUCGUUUCCAUUCACGACCGACUUCGACAUCAACGAAUUCAUCACCGACGGCGAGCUCCAUGGCGCGCCCAGCAGCGAGCAGCAGCAGCAGCAGCAACUCCUUGGCCGCUCUGUCGCCGACUCGUCACUCCUCAACCCUGAGACUCCGAACCCUUCGGAAGAUCCUUACCUGCAGCCCCACUCUGGCGCGUCCCUUGAUGGAUGCGACGAUGGCGGUAUUGCGGUUGGUGUCAACUGAGGGACGCUCGGGCGACCGGGUUUCAGGAGCGGACGAGUCUGCGGCGGCAGCAGUCAGCGGGGUUUCGCCGCAGCAGCUGCCACGUCGCGGGUUGAGUGGAUGGCUGAACGGAGCCGCGCUCCCGUCGAAGGAGGUCCUACUCACCCUCUUGUGGGUCCUCAGAGUCGAAGAGCGGAGGCUUCAAAUUCGCGAACAGGCCAAGGCCCUGUCGAAGCCCGGAACGUCCGGUGUCACCCAGACGACGACACCAGCCAACAAGACAACAUUCGUUUUGAAAGUAUUACGUAAGCGAGAGGAGGAAGAACAAGACCGGCCUGCUUCCCUCAAGAGGCGGCGCUUUCAAUGAACGAUCUGUAUGAAUCAAUUUUUUUGGAUGGCAUAGCAUGGCGAAAAGGGAACCCUUGGUAGUCUCGUUUUGCGUUGAUUUCUGGUGCUGCGCGAGACGGCUCGUGCUCUUAUACUGUGUAUAUAUCACAACAAUCUAUGCAUAUUCAUGGACACUUGACUCGGUUUUCUCGUUUUUGGUGCUUGUCCCUAAUGUGUCUCUGUGCCUGUGUGCCGUUCUACCGGGCUGUCCGUAACUGCGGUUAGUAUUUGCAAUGCUUUCCAACAUUGUGAUCCUGAAGAGUCUGGUCCAUGGCAAGUGUUAUGGAGCGAGCUAAGUUGCUUUGGUAUUAAUCUCGC